AUGUCUGACCUCAAACUGCCGUCGUGGAAAGAUCUCCCACCCGUCGAGGGUAUGCCACAUGGCUGCGCUUGGGGCUUGUUUGACAAGGAUGGCGUCCGAGACGAGAUCGGCACGUUGAACCUCCUUACACCCGAGACUGUGGUCAAGGCCCGAGAAGAGAUCCAGUCCGGUAAGAGCGUUGUCCUCAAUUGGCCAAUUGACCACGUUCAUGAGCCGGGAUUCGACCGCAUCAAACCAACCAUCAACAUCACCGACUGGCGAGCGAAAGGGUCUCCUUGGUACUCGUACGACGAUGAGAUUAGCAUCAACACCCAAUCGGGGAGUCAAUGGGAUGGCCUCCGACACUGGGGCCACAGCGGUACGGGGUUGUACUACAAUCGCAUCCACCACGACGAGCUCUUGAAAACGGAUCGAAUUGGGAUUGACCACUGGAGCAAGCGCGGAGGUAUCGUCGGAAGAGGCGUUCUCCUAGACUAUGUCGCGUAUGCAGCUCGCCACAACAUCGCAUAUGAUGCCAUGACCCGGCACCGCAUCACGCUGGACGUGUUGAAGGACAUUGCCAAGGAAGAAAACGUGGACAUACAUCCCGGGGAUAUCCUGCUCGUCCGGUCGGGCUGGAUCAAAUGGUACAACGAACAUAGCCCGGAAGAGCGUGUGGCCAAGGUCAAGAAUGGAUCCGAGUACGUGGGAGUGGAUGGCUCCGAGGAGGUGGUGCAGUGGAUUUGGAACUCUCACUUUGCAGCCGUCGGUGGUGAUGCCAUUGGCUUUGAGGCGUGGCCACCGCAGCUACCGUGGUGUCUACACGACUUUGUCCUUGCGCUCUGGGGAAUGCCACUAGGGGAGCUGUGGGACCUGGAGGCGUUGGCGGCCGAAUGUGAGAGUCAGCAAAGAUGGAGCUUCUUUAUCACCAGCGCUCCCCUGAACACUCCAGGCGGGAUUGCGAGCCCUCCCAACGCGAUAGCCGUCUUCUAG